ACAGGCUAAAGCUGCACCCUCCAUUGCUUUGUCUUGCGAGAUUUCUUCUACAGGUGUGUAUUCGCUACUCUUUGCGGAGGGAUUGGAAGCAUUCUGGUUGAAGGAUCUUUGAUCGAUUACAGAUAAUGGCUGGUGAAGAACCUGUAGCUGUGGAGGCUGCUUCUGCCCCUGUUCUUGGUGAGCCAAUGGAUAUAAUGACUGCCUUACAGCUUGUGCUCAAAAAGUCAUUGGCCCAUGGAGGUCUUGUUCGAGGCCUUCAUGAGGGUGCAAAAGCGAUUGAGAAGCAUGCUGCGCAGCUGUGUGUGUUAGCAGACGAUUGCAACCAAGCGGACUAUGUUAAACUGGUUAAAGCACUGUGUGCCGACCACAAUGUGAACCUAGUAACUGUUCCAAGCGCAAAGACUCUUGGGGAAUGGGCUGGUCUGUGCAAGAUUGAUUCUGAAGGAAAGGCUAGGAAGGUUGUCGGAGCCUCCUGUGUUGUCGUGAAGGAUUUUGGAGAGGAAAGCGAGGGCCUCCACAUUGUUCAGGAGUACGUGAAAUCUCACUGAGAUGCAGUCGACUGCGACGGUGCUUGAAGGAAAGUGCAAGUAUUGAAAACCCUUCCAUUCAGUAUGCUUUCGAUAAUUGUUUUCUUUAGACAGUUUUGAUUGAGAGAGAUAUUGAGCUGCAACAUUUCAUCGGAUUUUUAGAAUUCAGUGGCCAUUUAAUUUAAUUUUGACAAUGGAAGACUUGAGGGUUGUUUCCUUUAAUGUCAUUUGAAUAUUUUACACCCAAAUUUGAUAGACA